AUGGAAGAAGAGGAUGGCGGAAGCGAUGGGAUGAACAAACAAAUCCUCAUCCAGUUUGUGAACCACGAAAACAAGUCGACAGGCCCAGUAAUCAACGUGCCCCUGAGCAUAACAAAGGAAAACUUGGAUCAACUCAUAAACGAUUUGAACGCGAAAAAUGAAAAUUCUAUUCAAGACGAUGACCAACAAGAAAAUAUCAGCUACUCCUUUAUGAUUAAUGAUAAAUUGGCUAUAAAAAAUAACUUGUAUGACACCAUAAAGGAUAAUACUAUAAGUAGUGAAGAUAUUUUACGUAUAAAAUAUUUCCCUUUAAAUAUUUUUAAAAUAAAAAGAAUUACAACGUGCAAUGCUACCUUACCUGGUCAUACGAAUUCAAUUCUCUGUUUAGCAUUCAGUCCAAAUAGUUCCCAUCUAGCUACGGGCGCAGGGGAUAACACAGUUAGGUUGUGGGAUAUCAAUACAAAAACACCAAUCGUAACGCUAAAGGAUCACACAAACUGGGUGCUAUCUGUUCUGUUUUCUCCCGAUAAUCAAUUCCUGGCUACUGCGGGUAUGGAUCAAAAUGUCUUUAUAUACGAAACGCACACGGGAAAAUUAUUAAAUAAAUUAAGUGGACACAAAAAGGAAGUUACAACGUUAUGCUUUGAGCCACUUCACUUGCUCAACAAAAGUUCCAUACAAAGAAGUGCGACUGAAAUGAAGAAAAGGAAGAAGGAAAACGAAGCGGAAGAGGAUACAAGGAAUGGGUCCAAAAGGGGGAAAUCCGACGCAGAACCGGAAUUGUGUAACUCCACUGGUGGCCACCAAAAUGGAGAAAACGAAUUACCUAGUGAAGAUGCAAAAGAAAAUAAAAGCAAAAAGGGAGAGGAAAGUAAGGUGAAGGGUAAUCAAAACGACCCAAAUAGUAACAACACCGAAGAAGCCCCUCCAAAAAGUGCAUACUUCCUAAAAUGCAGACUUGCCAGUGCAGGCAAGGAUGGCUGUAUCAGGAUAAACAACGUAAUGAACAAUAGCGUAGAGAAGGUUCUGACCGGACACACAAACACAAUCACGUGCAUACUGUGGUCUGGCAUGGACGAACAAAAUUCCAGGAUCUAUAGCAGCUCUAGAGACACCACUAUCAAAAUAUGGAACCCUAACGAAGGGACGCUGAUUCACAAUUUUAAGGGACACAAACACUGGGUUAAUUGUUUGUCUAUAAACGCAGAACGGAUAAUAAAAAAUGGCAUUUACAAUCUUGAUGUUAUCAUAAACAAAAUACAUAUAGAAAAUCAAAUAGAAAAAUCGAAAAAAAUUUAUAAAAAUUUUUUCCAAAGCAUAAAGAACGAAAAAAUAGUAAGUGGUUCGGACGAUGGAACUCUUUACCUUAUUGACUGUCUACCAAAUGAUGAAUUCAAACCUACCAGAUUAAUAGGUCAUCAGAAGACAGUUAUUCAUGCACAAUUUUCUCCUGAUGGGAAGUUCAUUGCUUCAUGUUCUUUCGAUAAUACGGUUAGAGUGUGGUCCGCAACUGAUGGCCAAUUUUUAACUGUCUAUCGUGGCCAUGUGGGGCCUGUUUACAAAGUCGUGUGGUCCAUUGAUAACAAUUACGUUGUUUCGUGUAGCCAAGAUAGCACCUUGAAAUUGUGGAAAGUCAGCCACCUCGUUUCUCAGUUAAAAAACAAAAAGGGAAUUCCUUCAGGUGAAGAAGACACAGCUCCCUCAACUAAUGGGAUUUCCAACGAGCCGGAAGGAAAAAUCGAUUCAAAGCAGAAAAAUGGAAAAAAUUGCCUUAACGGUAAAAAUACAAAAAAAGUGAAAACACUGCUUGUGGACCUUCCUGGACAUUCAGACGCUGUGUACGCCAUUGACUGGUCGAAUGACGGCAAGUUUGUCGCCUCCGGAGGGAAAGACAAACUUUUGAAAAUAUGGUCCUACUGA